AUGAGCGAAGAGACUAACGGGGUUUCUCCCGAGAAUGCGGAGCGAUGCGCCAUCGGAUUAUCAUUUGGAAACACUAACAGCUCCAUUGCGUAUACAUCACCAGAGGGAAAAGCAGAAGUCAUAGCUAAUGAGGAGGGAGAUCCUACUCCUUGCCAUGCGUCUGCUCCCCCCCAAUUGCAUGAUUCCACGGUAGCCUUUACAAUCCACGAUACCACAAAUGCAGAGCCUAGCACAGUGACCGUCUCAGAAAUAACCACCCGCCACCUUCGUGGUCUCCGACGGUCUGCAUCGGAAUUCCUAGGAAAAGACCCCGUUGCUUUCCUACUUGCAUAUGACGCUCGCCCUGAGGCUGUAGUGAAGGACAAGCUAGUCGUGGUGGCUGAUUUUGGAGGCACGAGAUCAGACGUUGCUGUCAUUGCAACGCGGGGCGGAAUGUACACCAUCCUUGCAACUGCUCAUGAUUAUGAGCUGGGAGGCGCCCAAUUGGACCAAGUUUUGAUUGAUCAUUUUUCCAAGGAGUUCAUAAAGAAGCAUAAGGUGGACCCAAGGGAAAAUGCUAGGAGUUUGGCCAAACUGAAAUUAGAAGCGGAACUAACCAAGAAAUCUUUAAGUCUGGGUACCAAUGCCACUCUGAGCAUAGAAAGUCUUGCGAGUGGAGUUGACUUCAGCUCUACUGUCAACAGAACAAGAUAUGAGCUUCUGUCCGGCAAAGUGUUUGCAAACUUUACUCGGCUUAUCGAAGAGUCCGUGAAAAAGGCUGAUCUUGACAUCCUUGAUAUUGAUGAGGCUAUCCUCUGCGGAGGAACAUCCCACACCCCAAAGAUCGCACGGCUCGUUCAAUCUCUUUUCCCCGCCACAACAACAGUGCUUGCACCAGUCACAUCGCCAACCGCCAUCAACCCAUCCGACCUGUCCGCUCGAGGCGCGGCCAUCCAAGCCUCCCUAAUCGAAGAAUUUGAAAAGGAUGACAUCGAGCAAUCGACCCACCCAAUGGUCACCGUCACCCCCCACCUCGAAAAAGCCAUCGGCAUCCAACUCAUCUCCGCAACAGAUGACGCACACGCCAUCUUCAAACCGCUCCUCAAUGCCGAGACGGCCCUCCCCGCCCGACGCACUGCCCGAUACGCAGUCCCCAAGGCCGGCGGCGACGUCCUCGUCCGUGUCUGCGAAGGCAUUCGCGAGAUCAAGGUUACGAAAGCGGAUCCCAAGUGGAAGCAGCUCGCCAAAGAAGCAGGCGGCGAGAACGACAAUGAGGACGUCGAUUCAGACUUCGACUCCGAUGAUGACGAUGAUGAUGAGGAGGAGGAGGAGGAGAUUCGAGAAGUGGUCUGGAAGGUCUCGAAACCUAUUGCGGAAUUUGCCAUCAGGGGCGUCAAGGCCAAUGGGAAAGUGGAGGUGAUGGUAGGCGUGAGCGAGCAGCUGGCUGUCCAAAUAAUGGGUCGGGAAGUUGGUGGAAAGGAUGGUGUUCGGGUUCUGGUGGAUGCGCCUAAGCCGGUGGAGAAUGGAAGUACAUAA